UGAUAAAUUUAUAGGCUAAGGCUCGGAUAGGAAAGAGAACAGGAAGACGUGUAGACUGCUUUUCAACGAAACGAGAGUUUCAAGUCUAAUUUAAUGCAUAUCAUAAUCAUGGAAAAUAUGAAUCCACUAUUUGAACACAUACAUACUGUAUACUCCAUAUAGGAGUCAAAAUCAAGUCCUUAAUUCAGAUGUUUUAAGGUUUCUAUUUGCUCCUAUUUCGGCUGUAACCGGAUAUGACAGGAAAAGACGAUCGACGAAUACGUCUCUAUAAAUUUGACAUACGAAUUAAAACAUACUCAUAACACUGUAGCAAUUGUUUAUCUUUUCUCUUGGAUCAAUAAUCAGUGUCAUUUUCGAGUUGAAUUUAUACUAAAGAUGCCACACAUCUCUGAACGAUUAGCUUUUCUGUAGACCCGGGAAAAAAAACCCGGUAAAAAAGGUAACGCUUUAAAAAAUGAAGGUGCCGUGAUAGAAGCGAUUCAGCAGAUACGUGGAUCAGGAAGCAAAUUAAAUCUUUCAACACUCAAUAGUCAUAUCACCUCGAAUUCCACCUUACGGCACCCUCGGCUUCUUUAGCAAGGAUGCACAGGGGCACAACUCUGGUUCAGUGAUUGCAGUUUCACAAUCACGCACAGCUCCUAUUACCGAUGCGCAUGUUGUACACGAUGAAAAAAAGGGCAUUUAGGCAAAUGCGCUAUUUAGGCUUAUAUAAUUGAAGAUUCCUCAACAGGUGAUACAAAAAUUGACUAACAUUAUCCGGGCCAGCUCCGGACAACCACAUUCAAAGCCCGUGACCGACUAGAGCAGAUUGAAGAUGACCCACAACAAAACUGCCUGGAUUUAGUACAAAAUGGGAAGGAUAGGUCUUAUUGCCAGAAGCCUUGAAAUGAACACAGUGGAUGUCGUGAAGGCAGUAACAGAUGUCUAAACAAUACAGCUCCAUCUCCUUUGCAUCUGGGCUGAACAACAGGUCCAGUCUACAACAGGGAGAAGGAAAUUCACAAAACAUCCUGUGCCUGCACCUGAUAACAGGACCUUCCGAGAUAACUUUUCCCACAGUUUUCACAGCUCCAGUCGUUGAUCUAUGCUCUUCAGAAUCAGAUGUAAUGCAGAGAGAGUAAGAGAAACAGCAGGACUGUCUGAGCAAAAAGUUGGCAAAAUAAAAAAAGCAUGUCUCACAGUGUCUACGGGAAGAUGUGGGUGGCUGCUCAGGGGGCACUGCAGGAUUUGCUGGAGGAGGAGCUGCCUGCUGACCCGCCACGCCCUCAGAAAGACCGUCUCCUCGUCUUCCAGACGCUGGCCACCUUCUAUGUCAAGUACCUGCAGGUCCUGCGCGGUCUGGAAGCCGUCUACGACCAGAUCGUCCACCCUCAGAAGCGGCGAGUGGUGCGGCACGUGCUGGACGGGGUCAUGGGCCGCCUGCUGGAGCUGAAGAACGAGAUGGUGGAGCUGGAGUUCUCCGAGUUCCACUACUAUGAUGACAUCCUGCAGGACCUCAAGCUGACCCCAGAGGACCUGGAGGUGCCCGUACCCAGAUACUUUGUGAGUGAAAGGCUGCGAGUGCUGAAAGACCGCGAGAGGAUCCUCGGCCAGAUUCUGAUGAAAGCCGGACAUUUCGAACGGGAAACGAAGGCCCCAGCACGGUCCAUGUCGCUGGAGGAGGCGGCCCGCUUAGUGCAGGUGUCGGAACGCGCGCGGCAGGGCCGGCUGAGGGCCAGGUUCAUGAGGGAGAUCCGGCAGGAGGAGGAGAAGGAGCGGCUGGCCAAGACGCGCGGAGCCAGCUCCCUGGAUCCUCAUGAAGCAGCCACCCGCAUUCAGAAGGUCUGGCUGGGCUAUAGUCAGAGGAAGAAAACAAAAAAGGAACGAUUAGAGGAGAUGAUAUUCCUAGGAAUGAUACCCCCUCCCCAGCAGCAGAAGCUCAGUGCAGCCCAACUGCGGGUGCGACAGGUGGAGAGCGCCCGCCGGCUGGUGCAGGAGGAGCACGAGGCACAGUACCAGGAGGCACUGAGCAGUAUCAAGGAGGCUGUGAGGGAUGUUGAGGGGCCUGAUGUUAAGGAGACUCUACAGGAGCACAUCCGGCAGUGGUUCAUUGAGUGCCGAGAUGCCACUGGGAAGUUUCCUGACUUCCCUGACGCUGAAGAUGGAGGAUCGGCUGCAAUAUUUGCUGAGAAAACACCAGAACAGGUGGCAGCAGAGUUGGCAGCGAAAGAGGAAGAGAAGGACAAGAAAAAUAAAAGCAAAGGGAAGAAAGACAAAAAGUCUGGAAAGAAGGAGAAGGGGAAAACGAAAGACAAGAAGGGAAAGUCGAAAGGGAAGAAAGGCAAAGGAGAUGCAGAGGAGGAAGAGGAAGGUUGGAAAAUGGCCCCUAGCAACUUCCUCCCCACAAUGACAGAAGGAAGCAAAACAUACAGAGAGGUGUGGGAGAACAGAGACGAGAAGCACAACUUCUCCCAGCGCUUUGAUGCCCAGCUGGUGAGGGAGGAGAAGAGGGUAGAGGUCGAGGAGGAAAUCCGCAUACAGGUGGACGAGCUGAUGAGACAGGAGCUGAAGAACUUAAAGUUAGCUGUGGACCGGGAGAAAGGGAAGAAGAAGAAAGGAAAAAAAGGAAGCAAGAAGAAGAAAAAAGGGAAAAAGGGUGGCAAAAAGAAGAAAAAGAAGGAGAGGGACCUGACAGCGGACAGAACCAUUGAAUCGCUGUAUGAGGAGCUGGUUGAGGCGGGGUUGCUUGUCAGGCCCUUGAACGUCAGACUGUCUGAUUAUAUUGGAGAAUACAGUUACCUGGGCACCACGCUCCGCCAGGCAGAUAUUGAACCUAUGCCAUCUCUGUCUGACGUCAGGCAGCUGAUUGCCCUGUAUGGAAUCCUGCCACUUGGAUCCCAGGCUGUCCACGAGAAAGCGCCUUUGCUGAAGACACUGCUGCUGGCCGGCCCUGCUGGGGUGGGCAAGAGAAUGCUAGUCCACGCCCUCUGCACUGAAACUGGCGCCAACCUCUUCAACCUUUCUCCGGGCAACCUCGCUGGGAAAUACCCAGGCAGGAGCGGCCUGCAGAUGAUACUACACAUGGUGUUCAAGGUGGCUCGUCAGCUGCAGCCCUCAGUGGUAUGGAUUGGAGAUGCUGAGAAAACUUUUUACAAAAAAGUUCCGAAACCUGAGAAAGAGAUGGAACCCAAGCGGCUGAAGAAAGACCUCCCAAAAAUCCUGAAGUCCAUCAAGCCUGAAGACCGCGUGCUCAUUGUGGGCACAACGCAUCGGCCUUACGAAGCCGAUCUCAAGCCUUUCUGUAAAGUCUACAAGAAAAUUGUCCUCAUCCCCCGGCCAGACUACGCAUCCAGGCUAGUGCUGUGGAGACACGUGAUCCAGGAGCACGGGGGCCAGCUGACCAACAGCCUGGACCUCAGCUCCCUGGCCAAGGUGACUGAUGGCUACACCCAGGGCCACAUCCUGCAGGCGGUGCGGGCCGUGCUGGACAAGCGGCGCCUGCAGCAGCUGGGCAAGAGGCCACUGGCGGCCCUGGAGUUUGUAGCCCCCCUGGCCAGGCAGGACCCGGUCUACAAGGAGGAAGAGGAGACCUUCAAGGUGUGGUACGCUAAAACGCCGCUGGGAAGGAAGAGAGCAAAAGCGGCGAGAGGCGCUGAGGAGGAAGGACAGACCAAGAAAGGGAAGGGCAAAGGAAAAGGGAAAAAAGGAAAGAAGAAAAAGAAGAAGAAAUAGCCCUGGGUGGCCAGCUCACAGUGAGUCAUGACAGGAGAACACUCAGCUCUCUGCUGCUACAGGAUCGUUUGUUUUGUUUUUUAUUUGAAACUAAUGUAUUUUGAUUAGGUUUUUAUCAUAGUAAUAUUUUUUUUCAGUGGGAGUAUGAAUAAGUUCCUUAUUUCUUCACCACUUUGAGGUAAACAUCUGAUUUACAAAUUAAAAUAUUGUGUACGGAGGAUUGCAGCUUAGAAUUCUUUAAUGGAAAAAACUAUGCUGAAAUAAGUUUUUUUUAGAGGAAAAAAAGGUUAAGGGUGCAUUUCAGCUGAACACAUUUCUGCCCUCUGUGGGAUAAAAUGAUAAAAUGAAUGCUGCAGGACUUCCGUCCACUAAUACAAGGCUGUAGGCAUGAAUUCUCAAGUCCUCAAAUAAGAACAUUUCCACAGACACAAUACGGAAAGCAAUUAAAAAUGCAACAAAUCCAAACAUAUGCUCAAAAAUUAGUUCCUAAUAUGCACUAAAAAUUAGUGUUGCGUUUUAAUGCCUUUCUGUUUAUUAUCUAACAGUUUUCUUUGUAUUGCAAAUCACACACUUAUAAAUGUAUUUGCUGAUGCCCAAAAUGUCUUUUGCAUAGUCUCUAAAAUAAGUUCUAAAACCUUGCAUUCUAAAGGACUUAUUUUGUUGCAGUCAGCUGUGUCUCAUAAUAUUGUAGUAGGAUUACUUUCCCUCAUUCCAGAAACUGAUACCAAGUGCAAACUUGUAAAUGUUUAUUGAACAUCCUUUCUUAUUUGCAUUUCAUUAAUUUGUUCCAAAACUUUAUUAAUCUCUUUAUUUAAUCUCCAAAGCCAAUUAUCUGUAAUAAAAUUAUUCUAAAACACA